UUCUUUCUUCAUCAAUAUUUAGGGAAACAUACACAUAUUCUGUCUAUCUACGUUGUUGUCUCAAAAUGAUGAGUGCGAGUGCAAGUGCGAGUGCAAGUGCAAGAAAUAGGUCUCCUUUCACACCAACUCAGUGGCAAGAGCUUGAACAACAAGCUCUUGUUUUUAAGUACAUGGUUACAGGAACACCUAUUCCACCAGAUCUCAUAUUCUCUAUUAAAAGAAGUUUAGACUCUUCAAUUUCUUCAAGGCUUUUCCCACAUCAUCCCAUUGGGUGGGGAUGUUUUGAAAUGGGAUUUGGCAGAAAAGUAGACCCAGAACCAGGAAGGUGCAGAAGAACAGAUGGCAAGAAAUGGAGAUGCUCAAAGGAAGCAUAUCCAGACUCAAAGUACUGUGAAAGACACAUGCACAGAGGCAGAAACCGUUCAAGAAAGCCUGUGGAAGUUUCUUCAACUACAACCACCGCCACAAAUCCCUCCUCUCAAUCUUACAACAGAAACCUUUCCUUGACCAAUCCCAACAUCACUUCACCCUCUUCUUUCCCUUUCUCUCCAUUGCCUUCUUCUAUACCUUGUGAGUCUCAACCCUUUUCUCAAUCUUACCAAAAUCCCUUCUUUUACUCCCAAUCAACCUCUUCUAGACCCCCGGAUUCUGAUUUUCCACCUCAAGAUGCCACUACCCAUCACCUUUUUAUGGACUCCGGGUCUUAUUCUCAGGAUGAAAAGGAUUAUAGGCAUGUUCAUGGAAUAAGGGAGAGUGUGGAUGAAAGAGCUUUCUUCCCAGAAGCUUCAGGGUCUGCUAGGAGCUAUCCUGAUUCAUAUCAAAACCUAUCAAUGAGCUCAUACAAGUCCUAUUCAAACUCCAGCUUCCAGAACAUGAAUGAUAACCCAAGACAACAAGAGCAACAACAACAACACUGCUUUGUUUUGGGAACUGACUUCAAAUCAACAAGACCAAGCAAAGAGAAAGAAACCGAGACAAGCCAAAGACCCCUUCAUCACUUCUUUGGGGAGUGGCCCCCAAAGAAUACAGAUUCAUGGCUAGAUCUUGCUUCCAACUCCAGAAUCCAAACCGAUUGAAUGACGUUUUUUAUUUUUAUUGUUAUUAUGAUGAGCUGGUGGAUACGGCCAAGGAGACUUAUAGAUAAAGAUCAAUGUUUUGUGGCUGGGGUGAAUUUUCUUUUGCAAAAGGUGUG